AUGAUGCUUAACAGUCUGGUCGCCCACAUGAAAUUGAAACAUGCGAUGGCGAACGAUACCCUUCCAGACGACCUCGACUUGGACUAUCCGAGCCUGGAGGUGGUCGAGCGACCGAUCCAGUACGCCCUUGUUACGAUAUUCUCGUUGACGGCGGCGCUGUCCCUCACGGGGAACAUCACCGUCAUAUUGGUCCUCUCCUUGGGCCACAGGUACUCCACUCCUUCACUCAACUGCUUCAUUCAAAACUUUCCUUCAUUAAUUCAAGCCCAUUGA